GAAUUUCCAGCACGUAAGCAUCGGUGCAUAAACAAAGGUAUACCACCACUUGCAUAUUAUUAAAUGAUAUUUGUUCCCAUUCCAUCCUAGUUCUUCCAGUGUCAUCCUCUCACAGCCUCACUCUCAACAUCACGAACCCCAAGAGCUCCAAGACCCACCAUGGAAACAACUCCACAGACACCAACACCGCUAGUAGCUAUGGUGGCUACUCCAGGCAUGGGCCACCUUAUUCCACUCGUUGAGUUGGCCAAACGACUCGUCUCGAACCACAACCUUCAAGUAACUCUCAUCAUACCCAAUGACGGAACACCCAUGGAUUCCUCAAACCAACUCCUUAAAACCCUACCCGCAUCCAUUUCUUCCAUCCUUCUCCCUCUUAUCAGCUUCCACGACUUGCCUGAGGGUACCAAGAUCGAGAAUCGGAUCGCACUCAGUGUGACUCGCUCCAUGCCAGCUCUCAGGGACUCGCUCAAGGUCCUAACUGAAUCAACUCGGCUACUGGCGGUGGUCGCUGACCUUUUUGCCACAGAAACGUUUUCUGUAGCAGAGGAGUUCGGUCUCACCCCAUACUUAUUUUUCCCUACAAACGCUAUGGUACUCUCUCUGAUUUUUCAUUUACCAAAGCUUGAUGAGACAUACUUGUGCGAGUACAGAGAUAUACCGGAACCGAUUAAGUUACCCGGUUGCUUUCCAGUUCAUGGUAGAGAUUUUCCAAGCUCGGUUCAAGACAGAAAUGACAUGGCCUACAAAAGGAUUGUUCACAGAGCCAAACAGUAUCGACAACCUGCUGGGAUUAUAGUAAAUAGCUUCGUGGAUUUAGAACCGGGUGCUUUUGAAGCCUUGAUGCGAGGUGAACCGGGUUUACCUCCGAUAUACCCAGUUGGACCGGUUGUAAAAACCGGUUCGAGAUUAAUCGAACCAACGGAUGAGUCUGGAUGCGUCCAUUGGUUGGACAACCAACCAAGUGGGUCUGUGAUUUUUGUUUGUUUUGGUAGUGGCGGUACCCUCUCACAGGAGCAAUUGAACGAGGUAGCAUUUGGUUUGGAAAUGAGCGGACAAAGAUUCAUUUGGGUCGUGAGAAUUCCGGACGAGAAAGCCGCGAAUGCUGCUUAUUUCGGUUUUCAAACCAGAGACCCACUAGAGUUUUUGCCCGAUGGAUUCUUGGAUCGAACCAGAGGGUUAGGGUUAGUGGUGCGACGGUGGGCUCCUCAGAUUGAAGUGCUGCGCCAUGUGUCCACCGGUGGGUUCGUGACGCACUGCGGGUGGAAUUCAACGUUGGAGGGGAUUGUGAAUGGGGUGCCGUUGAUCGCAUGGCCGCUGUACGCAGAGCAAAGGAUGAAUGCGGUGCUGGUGGCGGAUGAUUUGAAGAUUGGGAUUAGGGUUAAAGGGAAUGAAAAUGGGUUAGUGGGGCGUGAGGAAAUUGUAGAGUACGCGAAGAGAUUAAUUGAAGGAGAAGAAGGGAAAAUGAUUAGGGAGAGAAUGAGGCAAGUGAAGGAGGCUGCGUCAAGAGCUUUGAGUAAAGAUGGGUCAUCUGCCAAUUCUCUUGCCAAACUUGUAGAAAUCUGGAAAUCAAAAGACAAAAAAUGUUAAACUUUAAAAAUCAAUUAUUAUAAUAAUUGAAGUUUGGUUUUUUUU